UUUGUUCUCCUUUUACUUUUUUCUUUCUUUAUUUCUUUCUUUAAAAUGCAAUCACGAAUUUCUUAUCCAGUCCAAAAACGUGCAUUGGGGAUCCCACAAGAUCUAUCCCAAAAGCAACGGGUGGCUUUCCAUCAACAGGUUUCUGACAACAAGAAAAUUGUCGACAUUACAGUGAAAAAUCCAGAAGAACAAAAACAUGAAUCCAAUGUUUCUGACCAGACAAGACAGAUUCCAAUGUCUUUUUUGCCCACCAACAACACCGGCAUUGAAUUACCACGACGAAAAAGUGGACGUUUGGCUUCUAGAGCUGCUACUCCAGAACAAAAGACCCUCUUUGAUAUCAUCAACCCACAGGAAAAGACGCCUACACCAACACCAACGACCAACAGAAACAAGAACAAUAUCGAAACAGAAGCAACCAACAAGGCUGUUGGAAAAUCAGUUAAUAUCUUGCCACGAAAGAACGCAUUGGCACAACAGACAUUACUUAACACAACCAAGAGAGCCAAGAAACAGCACGUAAACGAAAACAUUGAGGAACCAAUCGAAAUCUUGCAAACAGAAAAUAAUGCCUCCAUCGAAACAUACACAGUAGUAGCAGUAGUAGAAAAAGAAGAAGAGGAAGAGGAAGAACAGCAAAAAGCAUCCAGUUCUAUUGAAGACACCAGUGUUAAAGCACCUGAAAUCAAAGAACGUGUAGAAGCCACAUUCGUCGAGCCUCAAACCAUCAUCUCGGCAUCACUGUCAUCACCAAUUGAAAAAGAAAUACCUUUGAAUGUACAAAUCCCCAUUUUAGACAACAAUUCAGACGCUGUAAAAGCCCAGGAUCAACAGGAAUCGAUUAUGGCAAUCAAUCAAACCACAACCAUUAACACAGACAAUCGUAUCGAGGACGAGAAACUAACGCUUACAAGAUUACGUGAUGCAUUGGAUAUUAAAUUGACCUUCCAUGCUGCACAAAACCAACCUGUAAUCUUUCACAAAAUUCAACAAUCGCUGUGCAAUUCGACAAGAAAGAAUAUUUCAUUGUCUCACAUUGCAAAGCUCAUAUAUCUUGCCCCCGAGCUCUACACUAUUCAGGCAAAGGCACUUCGUGAACUAGGAAGAACAAUCGAGGCUUACCUUUUGGAAUUCGGAAGUACAUGGAUCCCCCCUCUUUCAGGAAAGAGUCUUCAAGAUCGUAAAGAAAUCCUUGCUUCUAAGAUCAAGUUGUUUUUUGGCGCAAGCCCAAAGUCUGAUGUUUCUGUACCUGAAGCCGAAUUACCAAAGAUUGACACCAUAGUUAAUAAGGAUAAGUGGUUGGAAAGAGCAAAUUUGCCCGCAAGUGUUCGUGCUGUUCUGGAAAAACAGGAACAAAGGAAAGAGGCAACACUCGCAGCACAAGGUCCAAAACAAACACCAGUAGGAACGGUGAAGGACAGAGCAAGUGCACUUCUUGAACGUUUACGGGCAAAGGCAGCAGCAAAGAAGAAGUAAAUCAAUACUAUACAUACACACACACACACACACACAUAUAUAUAUAUAUAUACAUACAUAUAAAAUAUCCAAAGUUUAGCUGAUUAUUUGCAAAAAUUAUCGAAUAUAUAAAUCAUUACUAUUGUAUUCACUACAAGAC